CCCGGAGAACCCCGGCACCCGGCCGCCCGGCCCCGAAGACGCCGGCAGCGCCAUGGCGGCCGCCAAGCCCGGCGAGCUGAUGGGCAUCUGCUCCAGCUACCAGGCGGUGAUGCCGCACUUCGUGUGCCUGGCCGACGAGUUCCCGCAGCCCGUGCGGCCCGCCAAGCUGUCCAAGGGCAGGGGCCGCCUGCGGCGGCCGCGCCAGUCCCGCUUCAAGACGCAGCCGGUCACCUUCGACGAGAUCCAGGAGGUGGAGGAGGAGGGCGUGUCCCCCAUGGAGGAGGAGAAGGCCAAGAAGUCGUUCCUGCAGAGCCUGGAGUGCCUGCGCCGCAGCACGCAGAGCCUGUCGCUGCAGAGGGAGCAGCUCAGCAGCUGCAAACUGAGGAACAGCCUGGACUCCAGCGACUCCGACUCGGCCCUGUGAGGGGCGCCGCCCGCAGCGGGGACUCGCGCGCCUCCGCGGCCCGCCCGGGGGUCAGCGUGCGCACGCCGGGGGAGCCCGCGCCCCGCACCCCGGCACCCCCGAGGACCGGGGACCGCCGCCCCCGCGCGCGUGGACUCUCGCCCGGCUGCGAACUGGUCGGUGCGCCCCGCGCUGCCCUCGCUCUGGGCCGGAGCGCGCCCGGGGGCGCCAGGGAGGGGGGCGGCUUUCUUUGCCCUUGUAAAUGUUUAUUUUUUAACUCUUCCCAGUGUGAACUCUGCUGUGAGUGUGUGCGGGAAGGCACGCCCGCGCGGAGUCGGCCCGGGGUCGUCAGGGCUUCCUGGAGAGCCGCUCCUCGCCCUUGUCCGAUGGUUUGCAACUCCGAUUUUGCACAGCGCUCCACCGUGCCCCCCAGCGCACACCCGUUCACACUCACGCCAACACACUCUCGCUGAACACUU